AUGCCUCUCUCCGUCUUCUCCGGCACGUCGGCGGCGCUCUCCGUGGCCUCGGGCCGCGUGUCCUACGCGCUCGGCCUCGUCGGCCCCGCGGUGUCGCUCGACACGGCCUGCUCGUCGUCGCUCGUCGCGGUGCACCUCGCGGCGGGGUGCCUGCGGCGGCGGGAGGCGGCGUCGGCCCUGGCCAUGGGCGUCAGCGUCCUCGACGAGGCGGUGACGCUCGCCUUCUCCGCCGCGGGGAUGCUGUCGCCGCGCGGGCGGUGCCACGCGUUCGACGGCCGCGCCGACGGCUACUGCCGCGGCGAGGGCUGCGGCGCGUUCGUGCUCGCGUUGGACGUUUCGGAGGUGACGCUCGGCGCCUCGGCGGUGCAGCAGGACGGCGCCAGCGCGAGCCUCACGGCGCCGAACGGGACGUCGCAGCGGCGGCUGCUGCUCGCGGUGGCCGGUCAUGGAAAGGCGCUCGAGGCCCACGGGACGGGGACGGCGCUCGGCGAUCCG